AUGGGCAACAAAGGAAGUACACCCUCAUCGUCUUCUCAAGUAACAAGCAAGAACUUCAAAUGGCUCUCUCAGCAAUACAAGCUCAAAGAUGAAGCGCUAACAACUCAAAUUACUUCCAUUUUAGGAUCAACAAAUUAUUUGAAUUAUCACGAGAAACAUCACGAGCAUGCAUUGUGUGAAUGGAUGAGUAAACUCUUUCACGAUACUCUCAAAUACAAUCGUUUGGAUAUUUCCAAAUUGACAUUGUCGAGUUUUGAAAAGAUUUUCCAGAAAUUCGAUCGACCAAAGAAUUCCUAUGUGACCAAUGAAUGUAAAGAAAUUGUUGUGAAAUUGUUAAAUGCAGUGAUUCCUCUAUUUAUUGAAAAGAACAAAAUAACGUUGAAAGAAUUAACUUUUUUUAAUUUAGAUUUAUGUGGUAUUUUCCCUGGAGAUGGAUUUGAAAUUUUUCAUGCUUUGGAUCGAUUCCAUUUAUUACAUCUCAUUGAAGAGUUGGAUGUUAGUGUCAAUAAUUUUGAGAAAGUGGAUGAGUCUUGUCUUAUCAAGAUGUCUAAUAAUGGUACUUCAAAACUCAAAAGAUUGACAUUCAGUGGAAAUUCACUACAAGAUCUGAAUGUGAAUGAAUCAAAUAUUGAAAAGAUUACAUUUCCAAACUUGACAUCACUCUAUCUCCAUAAUAAUAUCAAUCUCAACAGUUUUCCAAAAUGGGUGUGUUAUCAACAGAGUGUUCAUACUCUCAAAAUGUAUGAAUGUCAAAUUGAAGGUCUCAUUCCAAAAGAAUUAUUCAUUCAUAUGCGAGAAUUAUUGACUUUGGAUUUGGCAAGAAAUGCUAUUGAAGGAUUUGAAGACCUGUCAUUCGAAGAAGAACAUUCAUCAUCUUUACGGAAUUUAAAAAUCAAGGAAUUGAAUCUACACUCGAACAAGAUCUCUGUUCUUCCUUCAUCAAUUUUCAAUGCCUCUGUAUUGAGUUGUUUACAAGAUUUAUUCCUUUCUCAUAACUCUAUUACUGAAAUUCCUGACUCGAUAGGUGAUUUACCACUUUUGAAGAGUCUCAUACUCGAUAACAAUCACAUUUCACAAAUUCCUUACUCUAUUUCUAAACUUAAACAUUUGACAGAAUUGGAUCUCAAUCAUAAUAGAAUUUCUGAAUUUCCUGAUGCAUUAUUAGAAUUGGAAUCACUGCAUUCUCUCGAUAUUUCAAGCAAUUUAUUGAAUACAAUACCUCUUGAUGUUUCUAAAUGGAGCAAACUUGCAAGUUUGAACACACUCUCUCUUGCUUGUAAUCGUAUCAAAGAAUUACCAAAGAAUUGGAUUAGUGACAAGUGUCUUUGCAAUUUACAGAAAUUGAAUUGUGGAUUUAAUCAAAUUCCAUCCUUUGACAUAUUUGAGAGUUGGCCAAGUUGCAAAUUGACACAACUCAUUCUCUCUGGUAAUCGAAUUUGUGAAAUUCCUGAAAAUUUUAUUGAGACUGUGAAAAACAAAUUAAGAGUUUUUCUAUGUUACAAUUCGAUUCAUGAAACAUUUGAACAAGUAUUACCAAGACUCUUUUCCAAUACUACUCUUCAAUAUUUAGAUUUAGAAGGAAACUAUUUGGAAUUUAAUCCAGAGAAAGAAGGAGGUGAAUCCAAUACUGUCAACAACACCAGUGAUAGUCACUCUUCCCUGAACGACUAUAUGAAUCGUAAAAUUGCUGAAUUGAGACCCAAAGAUGACAACAAUUUCAAAGAACUCAAAAUUCUUCCUCAAUUCCCAUGGAUUCAAAAUGAGGAGUGCAACAAGAUUUCUCCUCAUCUGUUUUCAUGGAACAACACUUCACAACUGUCCUAUUGUAAUGGCACUUUUCGUCCCGAUAUGGAAGAUGCUCAUCUCAUUGAAGAAGGACAAGUUGUGAAAAUUUCUGACCAACUCGAAUGUUCCUUUUCAGUGUAUGGAAUUUUUGAUGGUCAUGCAGGAAAUAACGUUUCAGAAUGGAUGGCACAACAUUUCACAUCUAUUUGUAAAUAUUCUCUCAAGAAUGUACUUUAUGAUUGGAAUUCCAAUACGACCGCUCAUGAAUUGGAAGAUGAAAUUUUACAAAUUCUAAAGAAAUGGAUGGCACAAUCAUUAAUACUUGCUGAUGAAACAUGUCGUGAGAAGAAUUCACAUCUCUUUAAGGAUGGCUGUACUGCUGUGGUGUUUGCACUCUUGACACUCUCUUGUUGUCCGAACCAACGUUUUGCUAUUUUUGGUAAUGUUGGAGAUGCAAGAGCCAUCAUGGGAACUGUUUUUUUAUCCAAAGAAGAACAAGAUCCAAUGAAACAUCAUGACCUGAAUAUUCAUUCCUCUUUAGAAAAUCACAAUUCCCAAAAUGAUUAUCUGAUUGAAUUUGAACUGAAUCGAAUGACACAUGAUCACAAACCCACAGGUGAUCCUUCUGAAAUUUUACGAAUUCGAAAUUGUGGAGGAUAUGUCAUUAAUUCUCGAACCAUGGGUACCUAUGGUGUUGCAAGAGCAUUGGGUGAUUGGGAGAGUCGACCUUUUCUCUCCAAUGAACCCUAUGUGAAUGGAUGUGUUUUAGAACAAUAUGUGGAUUCAUUACAAGAUGAUGAUACGAUCAAUCAACCAUUGAAAUGGUUCAAUCAUUCCAUUGAAUCCAACGAAACCAUGAAUAAUAGUCCUUGUACGAAUAUUAAUUCAACAACCAACACGAUUGAAAAACAAAUCGUAAUUUUGGGAUGUGAUGGUGUAUGGGAUGUGUUGAGUGAUCAGGAUGCUUUUGAAAUGGCAGCCAUGACAGCUUAUUCCAAUUGGAAUCAUCAUAAUGUCAAGAGUAAUCAUGAGAAUUCGAAUAAGGUAUCUUGUGUGAUUCGAGAUUUUGCUCAUUCAGCAGGAAGUACAGAUAAUAUUUCAGCCAUGGUUAUUUGGUUGUAA